AUGGCCACUAUCGCUCCUGUGUCGGCGUCGUGGGAGUCGUUGGGCGAGACGUUCUACCGCAAACAGGAGGUGUAUGCGCUGCCUUGGCGGGACAGUCUCGGCGACUUGAGCAACUACAUCAUCGCCAGUGCCAAGAAUGCUGGACCCAUAGGUGUGUAGAGUGUAUUCUGUUCUCUCGUGGGGUACACGCACUAAUGUCCCCACUCUGUCAUCGCCACAGCCCUAAGCCGGGACGAGCGCAAGCCCGUACUCUUGGGUCGCAAUCAGACUACACUGGCCAGGCCCAAGAUCAUGAUCUACUCGUGUGCCGGGCUGCUGCUUCAAACAAUACCUGUAUGAUCCAAGGUGCUGUGCGGUCUUUCCCGCGCACGAAGCAGGCUGAUCUGGGCAUGUACUUCUCUUGGCAGUGGGAAUCAUCGAACCGCAUCGUCGCACUCGGAUGGACAUCCAGCGAAUCACUCGUCGUUCUCGUGCAAGAUGGUACCUAUCGCCUCUACCCUCUCUCGACUUCGGCGUCCCCCUCCUCCUCCGCCUCUGCAUCGUCCUCCUCCACCCCUACGUAUUCGCAACACACCCUGGGUGCCGAGGCCCAGGACUCGGGAGUGCUGCAGGCCAAGAUCUACGAACAAGGCCUCGUCGCUCUCUUGGGCAAUCUUUCCUUUGUCGAGGUCAAAGGAUGGCCCGCGACAAAUUCUUUGACCGAAAGCGGCUCGAGCGGCGUUGGCUGUGCGAGUCGCAGUGGGGGAGGUGGGGGGGGCAAGGUCACUCCCCUGGCGGCUGUAGGUCUGAACGAGCCACCCAGCUGCUGGGGAGUCGUCGAACCUGAACUGAGCAACACAAGAGGGGUCGAGGUCUUGAUCGGGACCGGAUCGACCGUGUUGCGCUUGGAUGAGAUCGAAGUGCAGGACCAGGUGAGAAGAAUCUGUUGACUGUUCUGACCGCCCAUAUUCAGAGCGCUGAAGCCGGUCACACCUGGAAUGCCUCGUCUCACAGCGUUUGAACCGAGGACCCUUCCUGUCCAUUACACCGUCACCGAAUGCUCACUUUCUCGCCCUCUUGACCGCCGGGUCAUCGCCUCAACUGUGGGUCACCUCGUCCGACUUUUCGAGAUCACUUUCCGAGUUCGACCUCUCCGGCGAAGGCGAGUCGGGCCCGCCGAAUCAGGUCGUUUGGUGUGGUAACAACACCGUCGUUGUGGCUUGGGAAAAGACGGUCGUGAUGGUCGGUCCCUUUGGCGAGACGCUCAAGUGAGUCCCCAUCCGCUUUGGCCUCGUCCUGGUAGUUUGCUGAGGAGUCCGCCGUUGCAUGUUGCAGGUACUUCUACUCGGAUCCCGUCCACCUCAUUGGCGAGAUCGACGGGACACGAAUCGUUUCCUCGGAGUCGUGCGAGUUCUUGCAGAUAGUAUCGCAGUCCUCCCAAGACGUCUUUCGACCCGGCUCAACAUCGCCCGCGUCGAUCCUCUAUGAGGCUUCCGAGCUGUUCGAUCGACGGUCACCGAAAGCGGACGAGUACGUGCGUUCGAUCCGCGUCGAACUCGUCGGGGCCGUCGAUACGCUCAUCGAUGCGGCUGGGAGGGAAUACGAGCCGAUGUGGCAGAAGAAGCUACUCAAAGCGGCGGCGUUCGGGAAAGGCUUCUUGGAACUGUACAACCCGAGCGAUUUCGUGGCCAUGACCAAGACGUUGAGGGUGCUUAACGCUGUCCGAGGCUUCGAGGUCGGAAUCCCGAUGACGUACGACCAGUGAGUUGUUGGGAUCACGGGUUAUGUACGGUUCGUCCAGCUGACGUAGCUGGUUGAUGAUCUCGCAGAUACCAAACCCAUCCACCCUCGCACCUGAUCUCUCGCCUAACAUCCCGAUCGCUCCAUCUCCUCGCUCUUCGCAUCUCCUCCUACCUCGCCCUCUCCCUGGCUCCCGUCUUGAAGCACUGGGCCCAAGCGCAGAUAUCCUCCUCUCCCACUUCCCUCACCGCAACCGAAGAAGCUCACCUCGUCUCCCUCAUCGUCUCUAAACUCUCUGACCAAGCCGAUAUCUCCUCCGCCGAUGUCGCCAAUACCGCUUGGCAGUUGGGGAGGAGUUCCAUGGCCACCAAGUUGUUGGAGUUUGAACCCAAGGGGAGUCGCCAGGUGCCGUUGUUGAUCAAGAUGAAGCAGGACGAGUUGGCGUUGACCAAAGCGAUCGAGAGUGGUGAUCCCAAUCUGGGUGAGUUCUGCUCGGAACGCAUCAGGCUCGAUAUUCUCACGCUCAUGCAACACCUGAUCAUUUCCCUACAGUCUACACCGUCCUUUUGUACCUCAAGCGUUCGCACGCUCUGGGUGACUUCCUUCGCUUCGUCGACCACAAACCGACGGCGGCGGCGUUGCUUCAAAUCCUCGCGAAGGAUGCGCAGGAUUAUGAGCUGUUGAAGGACUUUUACUACCAGGACGAUCGGAGAAAAGAGUCGGCUUUGUUGGCCUUGGAAGAGAGUCUUUCGAUUGAGGUGGGUCGCGUCCAAGCGUGUCCCAAGGGUUACCAAGGUGCAUGCUUGCUGAUUUGAACCUGAGUCGACUUUUCAGGACUUUGGCGACAAGGUGGCAAAAGUACGCGUUGCGGCCAAGUCGUUUGGGGAGGACAAGGACUGCGCGUUCGAGAACAAGGUCAGCAACUACGACCAUAUGGCGUGAGCGAAGGUUCACUGACAUCUUAUUCUCCUUCCAAACAGAUGGUGGAGGACCACAUCCGCCUGCUCGUAUUCCAACAAACGCUCGAGUCCGAAACGCCUUCCCGACCCUCCCCUUCCCCCUCCUUCAUCGGCCUCUCCCUGAACCGCACGAUCCACAAAUGUAUACUCCUCUCGCAACCGCAAAAAGCCGACAAGCUCAAAUCCGACUUCAAAGUCCCCGACAAGCGCUUCUGGUACAUCAAACUCAAAGCGCUCGUCGAAGCCCGCGAUUGGACGGCAUUGGAAACGUUCGCGAAGAGUAAAAAGAGCCCGAUUGGGUAUGAACCGUUCGUGAAUGAGUUGAUCAAGAAUGGGGCGCAGAGGCAGGCGAUCGGGUAUAUCGAACGGUGUGAACAGAGGACGAGGGUGGAUUGGUAUAUCAAGACGGGAGAAUGGGUGCUGGCGGGGCAGGAGUGCGUGAGGAGGAAUGAUCGCAAUCGGUUGAUGUGAGUUUGCACGAGUCUAAGCGGGUUGGAUGAGGCGGAGUUAGAUGGGUACUGAACGUGUGUUUGCUCGUGUGGCGAUGCAGGGAUCUGAAGAAUAAGGCACCAAAUACGGUCAUCGCCGCUCAAUUGCAUGAGGUGAGUCGCUGCUUUUACCACCCAUUAACCUAAAGCGCACAUCUGACUCGUGUCGGUGCGUGUUUCUUUGAUUUAGCUUCUUGAGGAGAUGAACAAUGCUGGGAUGUAG